AUGGCGCUCGAUACAAACGCCCCUUGUGCCUCGGCGACGCUAAGCCCUCCUACAGAAUCUGACGUAGAAAAAAGCCCCAACCAUGAGAUGCAGCAGGACGCCGAACAGUUGGCUACAAAUUCAGAGGUUGACGAGUCGCAGGAUACGGGAGCGUAUCUGCAUGGAAUGAGGCUUUGGCUGGUUGUGUCUCUCAUCUCAACCGUCUACUUCCUGACCCAAGUCGAAAUCACAAUUGUCACGACUUCCCUGGUAAGCAUCACCAAUGAUGUUGGCGGCUUCGACAAGGCGGGCUGGAUCAUGUCCGCCUAUUUGUUGGGGUUUGUCAGCCGUAAACCGGUCUUCAUGUUCUGCAUCCUCCUCUUCACAGUGUUUUCUGGAGGAUGUGCUGCCGCAAAGACUCUCGAACAGCUCAUUAUUCUUCGCGCAUUCCAGGGCGUUGGCGGCGGCGGUAGCUACGCCGUUGGCAGUAUCAUGCUCCUCCAGAUUGUCCCCGCAAAUCAAAUCACCCGAUUCGCAUCCUAUACAGGCGUCGCUUUUAUCCUCGCAACAGUACUUGGGCCGGUAAUUGGCGGUGUCAUCUCCCAGAAUACCACUUGGCGCUGGGUCUUUCUCUUUAACGUGCCUGUCGGCGCUUUUGGGUUAGCUCUCGCGUUUCUAGGCAUUCCAAAUGGUUAUCCCCACCAUGCAAGCAGCGCAGAUAAACAGCCAAAGGUUACUUUGUCCACAGUCACCGCGCGACUUGACUUUUUCGGUUGUGGCUUGUUGCUCUGUGCCACGCUUGCUUUUACAUCGGCCUUUCAAGAAGUGAACACAGAGUAUUCCUGGGAUUCGGCUUACUUUAUUGUCUUACUUAUUGUUUCCGUUCUCCUAGCUGUCUUUCUCCUAAUAUGGGAGCGAUAUUUGACUUUGCGGCAAGGCCAACGAGAGCCUGUACUACCGUGGCGAUUUAUUGUUCGCCGCGAGAUGCUCGGUGCCAUGGUAGGCCUUUUCCUCGUUGGAGGAGGCAUGGCUGUCACCACGUUUCAACUGCCACAACGAUUUCAACUCGUCAACGGACAGCACCCCGUGGACGCGGGUGUACGUAUUCUGCCAUUUGGUCUCUGCGCAUCAGUCGGUGGCAUGGUAAUCGGUCAGAUCUUUGGCAAGUUCAAAGUCCCUCUGGUGUAUGCGUGCAUCAUUGGAGCACUGCUCCAAGUGCUUGGCUACACGCUGCUUGGCACCGUCGAGGCAUCAGCUACGAUUCCAGCCAAGCAGUAUGGAUUUGAGGUGAUUGCCGGCUUUGGGGCUGGUAUCAGCUACCUCUCUCUUUUUGCUGCAGUACCAUUUGCUGCAGAAAAACGUGAUCUUGCAAUUGGUCUUGGAGCCACGCACCAGUUCCGCGCAAUGGGAGGCGCCGUAAUGAUAGCCAUUGUCACAUCCAUCUUCAACGGCCAUGUGGUGCCUGGGCUACAGCGGCUCGGCUUGACCGAUUUUAGCAAUUCUGCCACUGCUCAUGGCCAGCCUACUUCCGACCUCGGGCAGGAUGCAAGGGAAAUUCUUUCUCAAGGCUACAAUGAUCAAAUGUUCUUCCUCACUGCAAUCUCUGUAGCUCAAGCGGUACCGGUAUUGCUCAUGUGGAGGAAAAACCAGAUCCUACCAGCCUAA